AUGCAAACCUCCGAUGCCCCAAACUUCCCGAAUGAUUUGAUGCCUUCCAAAUUCUCCCAUCUCAACGCGGACAACACUGGUUUCUCCCACGGUGCUUACAACAACAUCCUCCUGCAGGGCCUGCCAGACCGAAACCUUCGUCGACCCAACGCCCCGUCACUCAACACCGCCAUUGCCGGUCACAGCGACAACAUGGCUACCUCCGGCGCCGCGUUCGAUAUGAACUUCACCCCCCUCCUCCCCUCCCAAUUACUGCUGGGUAGCCCCUUCCAGCCCGGAACCCCGUCCGCGUUCACCUCCCCCCAGUUCGCCAACUUCGGUGGCUUUCCCCAAGGCAACCCGUCCGCACACGCGCAGAACCACCAGAACCAGUUGGGAAGCCCCACGCAGGCUCCGCAGAAUGCCGGGUUGUAUGCGGGAAUGAUGCCAGCGGACAACAUGGGCAACUCCCAGAUGAUGGGAGGUCCCCAGUCCCCUGUCGGUGGGAUGAGUGGCUUAGGAAACGCGGCAUACGGAAGUCCCGCCGCGUCGGUUGCUCCGGGCCUCUUGUCGGGCACGAGUCGAACGGUCUAUCUGGGUAACAUCCCUGCGGAAACCUCGGCCGAGGAGAUCCUGAAUCAUGUUCGCAGCGGUCAGAUCGAAUCCGUGCGUUUGCUCCCCGAUAAGAACUGCGCGUUCAUUUCGUUCUUGGAUAGCAACUCGGCCACCCAUUUCCACUCGGAUGCCAUCUUGAAGAAGUUGGCGAUCAAGGGGAAUGACAUCAAGGUGGGUUGGGGGAAACCCUCUCAAGUCCCCACCUCGGUUGCGCUGGCAGUGCAGCAGUCGGGCGCAUCGCGGAAUGUGUACCUGGGGAACCUGCCCGAGGAGAUGGCGGAGGAGGAGCUGCGCGAGGAGCUGGGCAAAUUCGGGCCCAUCGACACGGUCAAGAUCGUGAAGGAGAAGGCGAUUGGCUUCGUCCAUUUCCUCUCGAUCAGCAACGCGAUGAAGGCGGUGUCGCAGCUACCCCAGGAGGCCAAGUGGCAGGCGCCCAAGCGCGUAUUCUACGGCAAGGACCGCUGCGCCUAUGUGUCCAAGACGCAGCAGCAGAAUGCUGCUCAAUUCCUGGGCAUCGCGCCGGGAUACGCGCACAUCCUCAACUCCGCGGAUCGGGAUCUGAUCACCAACGCGCUCGCGCAGCAGUCCGUUGCCGCCGCCGCCGUUGCCACCACGGCGGGUGGGGUCAACAACCUGGGCAACCGCACCAUCUACCUGGGCAACAUCCACCCGGAGACCACCAUCGAAGAGAUCUGCAACGUCGUGCGUGGCGGUCUCUUGCACCACAUCCGCUACAUUCCCGACAAGCACAUCUGCUUCGUGACGUUCAUCGAUCCCACCUCCGCCGCCUCCUUCUACGCGCUGAGCAACCUCCAGGGACUGAUGAUCCACAACCGUCGGCUGAAGAUUGGCUGGGGGAAGCAUUCGGGUCCGCUACCGCCCGCCAUCGCCCUGGCCGUGAGUGGCGGGGCCUCCCGUAACGUGUACGUGGGCAACCUGGACGACUCGUGGGCCGAGGAGCGCCUGCGCCAGGACUUUGCCGAAUACGGAGAGAUCGAGCUCGUCAACACGUUGCGCGAAAAGAGCUGCGCAUUUGUGAACUUCACCAACAUCGCCAACGCGAUCAAAGCGAUCGAAGGCAUGCGGAAUCGGGAGGAGUACCGGCGGUUCAAGAUCAACUUCGGGAAGGACCGAUGCGGCAACCCGCCGCGGCAGACGGGCAACGGCGGCCAGCAGGGCCGCAAUGGAGCCGGGCUGGAAGGCCCGCAGUCGCCCUCGCCGGCGCUCAAUGGCUUCCAACAGAACUUGAGUCAGUCGGGCUCGCAAUCGAGUCCCAGUCGGCCCGCGUUCGGCCAGCACGGCCGUCACCCGCUCCAGACGGUAUCGUCGCCGUCUGGGGUUUUGAAUGUCGGGGCCAGCAACCCGCUGACCAUGUACCUCAACCAGAUGUCGGCCCAGCAGGCCCAGGAGCAGGAGAACCAGUUGAACGAUCCGCUGAGCCUCGCGGCUCUGCAGUCCCAGUCGCAGGCUCCCUCUCAGCAUCUAUACAACGGUGCGAGCAGCAGUGAGCUUACCAACGGGGGCAUCGAAGCACCGCUCCAUCACCACAAGCCCUCCAACAGUGGAUUUUUGCACGUCAGCAGCGGCUCUUCCGGGCCGGGCCACCAUGCCACGGCCAGCACCAGCAGCCUCAGCGUUCCUCGAUCGCAGCACUCGCGGGCUGUAAGCUUGCCCUCAUUCUCGCAGGAGCCGUUCGGGCCUGUUUCCCACCCAGGACACACCCGCGGAGGUGUCGCCCAUCAACCGCAGAGCAGCUUUUCCAGCUUCACAUCUGCGCUGGGAGGGUUGAACCACUCGGGGUUCGGGCUGGCCAUCCAGAAUGAAAAUUCGCUGCCAGGCUGGGCCGAAGAAGAGAUCGGAGCCAAAUAA